GAAAGAGGCUAUGUAUCUGGGUCACUGAAACCAAAGCAGGAGUGGUACCAUCAUACUGUCCUCCUCCUGGGCACAACACGGAGCUGUGUAGUAGCUGUAACUGCCCAAAGUAUUUCCAACCCUGUGCCUAGUGUGCCAGGUUUAUUCUAGGAGCAGGUACCAAAAGACCUGGGAGUGGAGGAUAAACCCUGCAUGUCAGGAUCAGGAGAGCAAGCAUCUUGGCCUGUCCAGCUGGUUGGUUUGUGGCUGGAAACCCACCAGAAUUUAUCCAGCAGAAUAGAGCUCCAUUCUCCCAUAGAGGAGGAAGCUGGGGACAGAUGCCAUCCUCUCUUCUCCCUCAUACCUCACCUACAGCAUCAUCAGUCCAAGGCAGCAUCUGAACAUGGGUGGUGGGGCUAGGGCCAGAAUGGGGGAGCAGAGCACACCUUACCCCCAACCUACCUUACCUGUCCUCCAGGCCAACAGUGUCCAGGGGAACCUCUGAGAAGCAUGUGGGUCACAGAGCUGAAAAUGGGGCUCUCUGUCUCCAGUGAGCCAAAAGGCCCAUCAGCCAAGCUAACAGGCUAAGCAGUGUUUCUCCAGUCUCUCACAUCUUUCCCUGUGUUGCCUCAGGCUCCAGCGUCUUACCACAACACAGAAUGACGGAGCACGAGGACUUCACAAGCCUGGCUGGGUACUGGAACUCCUCUGACAUUUACCAGUUCAGCCCCGCCAGGGUCAUUGUCCCUGUGGUCUUCCUCAUCUUCCUCCUGGGCACAGUGGGCAAUAGCCUGGUGCUGGCAGUGCUGCUGCGCAACCGGCAAAUGGGCCACAACACUACCAACCUCUUCAUCUUCAACCUCAGCCUGGCUGACUUCUCCUUCAUUGUCUUCUGUGUGCCUUUCCAGGCCACCAUCUACUUCCUUGAGGGCUGGGUCUUUGGCUCCUUCAUCUGUAAGGCUGUCUACUUCUUCAUCUACCUCACCAUGUAUGCUAGCAGCUUUACCCUGGCUGCCGUCUCUGUGGACAGGUACCUGGCCAUCUGCUAUCCGCUGCGCUCCCAGGAGCGGCGGACCCCACAUAAUGCAGUGGCUGCCAUGGCUGUGAUCUGGGGCCUCUCCGUCGUCUUUGCUGGGCCCUACCUACACUACUAUGACUUGAUCAAGUGGGAGUCCAGCUACAUCUGCAUGCCUGGCUGGGAGGAGUGGAGACGCAAGGUCAUGGACACCAGCACAUUUGCCUUCGGCUAUGUCAUCCCAGUGCUGGUCAUCAGCCUCUCCUACACCAGGACCAUCAAGUACCUGUGGACAGCAGUGGCCCCCCUGGAGGACAUAUCAGAGUCCAAGAAGGCCAAGCGUAAAGUAACCAAGAUGAUCAUCAUUGUAACCAUCCUUUUCUGUCUCUGCUGGCUGCCAUACCACCUAGUCAUCCUCCGAUACCUCUAUGGAGACUUCCCCUUCAACCAGGCGACCUACACCUUCCACCUGCUUUCUCACUGCAUGGCCUAUGCCAACUCCUGCCUCAACCCCAUCAUCUAUGCCCUGGUCUCCAAGCACUUCCACAAGGGCUUCAAAAAAGUUUUCAGCUGUCUCUUGAGGAAAGAGCACCGCAACAAGGUGCAUGUGCUCCACAUGGCCCACAUUGUGCCUGGAUUUGAGGCAGGUUCCACUGGAGCGUCCCAGAUGCAUGAGGAGAAUAACAGGCGCGAGCUGAACCCAGCCUCCGUGGCAGUCCACUCCAGUUCUUUCAAGCCCCUUCAUAUUUCAUAGUGGCCAAGCAACACAGCAUCUGCCAGCUUGGCUGUGUCACCAGCUUCAGGCCACCCUUUCCACUGGGUGAGAGAGGAUGCUGGAAAGGCAAGCAAAAAACUGCUAUACACUGCUUCUGGCCAUGUCAUUCCUCCCCAUGCACCAAGUGUUCUCCUGAACAAUCUCCCCACAACAUGUUGCAUGCAAGAGAAGAAACAGACCCAGACUUGUCCCUGAUCCUCAAACCAUCUGGGCUCCAAGGAGUAAAGUUCCAGCUCCUCUGCUGACUCUCAAACUACUCUUCUUUGUGGCCCCACCUCUCUGGACACACUGGUUAGUUGUCAGAGCCACUUCUGCCUCCCAGUGCCCCAUCUGGCCAGACUGGCUCUCACAGCAGGAAUGGCAAGGCAGACAGGCAGUGCAUGCAGGACCAGGCAAGCACAGGUGGUAUGGAAAGCGCCUGGCACAGCCCAUCGAUGGUUGCAGUGAUGGCUUUGUUGCUGGCUUUGCUGUUCUCCCUGUGACUGGGAGCUUCCCUGGGAUGUGGGGUGGGCUGUGGGCGUGUCUGGGAUGUUGCUGUUGUACAUACCAGAGAAAUGUCUUUCUAACCCAGAGCAAAUAAAUGUAUAUUUUCUUCAUCCAGGCAAUAGUGGGGCCUGCACUGGUCAUCUGGAGUGGGGAUGGGCUACCUCAAUGGGGCCUUAUUCAUAACUGGUGGAAAUCACAGUGCACCAGGAAAACCAGCACUAAGCAAAGUCUGCAGAGCCAAACCCUGCCUGGUGUCCCCACUCCUUUCUCCACAGCCACGUUUACUGACACAGAUCCCUGAGCAGGUCAGUGCACAGCUGACAUUUUUCUCCACAGUUAGCAGUCAACUGUCAGUGCAUAAAAGCAGCUUAAACUGACCACCAUGCUUCAGAGGUUCCAUGGGCAGGCAAG